AAGCAAAAAAAAAAAAAAAAAAAACUCUGUGUAUAUAUAUAUAUAUAUUAUGCAUUAGAUAUAGAUAUGUUCACUCCCAAAAUAGUUAUUCACUCGCGUUUCUGGUGAGAAAACCAAAUACAUACCUGCGAUUCUUCAUCAAAAUGGAGGGAGCAGUGGUUGUUUUCGACUUUGACGAUACGAUAAUCGACGGUGAUAGUGAUAAAUGGGUUGUGGACGAGUUGGAUCUCAACCACCUCUUCGCUCAGCUCCUCCCUACCUUGCCCUUAAACUUCCUCAUGGAUAGAAUGAUGAUGGAGUUACACGUUCGGGGAAAGACAAUCGAAGAGAUUGCAGACUGUUUGAAACAGGUUCCAAUUGAUCCCAGCAUUGUAUCAGCGAUUAAAUCCGCCCACGCUUCUGGGUGUGACCUGAGAAUAUUAAGUGAUGCAAACAUGUUUUUCAUCGAAACAAUCUUAAAACAUCAUGGACUGCUGAAUUAUUUUCACGAAAUCAUCUCCAACCCAAGCUCUGUUGAUGGAGAAGGAAAGCUUAGAAUAUUACCGUAUCAUGAUUUUACUUCAUCCUCACAUUCCUGCGAUAUUUGCCCCCCCAACAUGUGCAAGGGCCUUGUGAUGGAAAGGAUCCGGGCAUCAGUUUCAGCCGAGGGAAUUAAGAAGAAGCUCAUCUAUGUUGGGGAUGGUACACCAGACUUCUGUGCAGGUUUGAAGCUUGAAGAAGGAGACUAUCUGAUACCCAGAAAGAAUUUCCCCAUUUGGGAGGUAAUCUGCACGAAACCAAUGCUUAUUAAGGCGAAGAUUUAUGAAUGGAGCAAUUGGGAGGAGCUUGCUUCUGUAUUGAUCAAAACGACAACCAAAACAUCGUUCAUUGAAGACAAGUGCAGUACCAGACCUGACAACUUGGUUCCGCUCGACUGUAAGAUCCAAGACAGUUCCAUGUCUGCUGCCCAUCCCAAUGCUCUCCGAGUUCCUCACCAGCCGAGGAACAGUUCCAAAUUUAUCUAAGUUGAUCAAGAGUAUAAUUUUCUACAAGUGUUUCUUGUGAAUUUUGUCAGUUUCUUUAAACUGACAAAAUUCAAUAACAUAAAAAAAUAAUAAUAAUAAAAUAAAAUAAAAUUUGAGCAAUUUCUA